CUUUUCCACUGCGCCUUUCCCAUCCCACCCCUGCCCGCCGCCCCGUCAAUCACACGCACAGGAACCGCAGCCCAAAACCCACCAAUUCCCAAUGGAGAACGGCGACGAAACCCUCGCCUCCCCCACCGCCGCCGCCGCCACCUCCGAGAAGACCGCGCCCAACGGCGGCGUCGCGGAGGAGGAGCAGGUCCCCGUCGCCCACGCCACCAAGUCCUACGCCGCCGUCGUCGCUGAGAACGCCGCGCCCAACGGCGGCGUCGCGGAGGAGGAUGGGGUAACCGCCACCCACGCCACCAGGUCCUACGCCGCCGUCGCCGCCCACGCCGAGAUCGAGGACCUCCGCGCCGCCAAGCUCCACCUGGAGGAGAAGCUCGCCGAGGCCCGCCGUGAGAACGAGGCCAUCGCUGCGGAGGCGCACCGCAUCGAGGGGAUCUUCAUGCAGGCCCGGGAGGAGGCCGACGCUGCCGAGGACGCCGCCACCUCUUCCGAGAAUGAGGUCGCCUCGCUCCGCACUGAGGUCGAGCGCCUCCAGGCCGUCCUCAAGAUCGAGAAGGGUGAGCACGAGUUGGACAAGCGCAGCCACCAGGAGCUCGCCAAGGAGGUAGAGGCCGUACGCCAGGAGAAGCUCAACCUCGAGGAGGAGAUCAAGGCCCUGAAGGCUUCCGACGCCGCCGCCACUGCGAAUGAGAGGGAGGCUGCUCUGGCUGAGGCCCCGAAGGAAGUGGAGGUCGCGUGGCAGGGGAUGGCGGUGGCCGCGGCUGCUGGUGCCGCCGCCACGGCUGCCGUCGUGCUGAUCUAUCUCCGCCUUAAGAGGUAAUCUGGUGCUCGGUUGCGCAGGAAGUUUUCGUGGUGAUGCUGCUAAUACUGAACGGGGAGUAAUAUGACUUCUAUGAGUAGUUGCUUAAUAGCCUACAGAAACAUAGCGAUCUGGAGACUGGUUACGUUUGAUCGCUGUUUUCUUUUACUAGUAUCAUUCUCAGCGCUUUUGGUGGUGACACAACAAUGUUUGGACACAUCGGAUGAUGUGCAACUGAGGAAUGCUGUACGGUUGGUUAUCUUCUCGUUUUAUGUUGCUGCGACGGUUUGUCGUC